UUCUCUUUAACUUCUUUUUUCUCACGAACCAAGUCUUCCUGACUUGUAUUUAUCUUUUCUUAAACCCUCAAGGGAACUUUCUUGAUUUGUUUUCCUUUCCCAAUACUGACCUGUCCGCCAUUCGUGAGAAAUGAAAAAUUCAAUCCCUUCAGACGUUUGGGAGAAGAAGAGGGCAUUGAUUGCCAAACUCUACAAGGAUGAGGAGUGGCCGCUCAAGCAGGUCAUCAAGCAGAUUCGUUCGGAGGACUUCAAUCCUAGUGAAACCCAGUUGCGAAGCAGAUUGAAGAAAUGGCGCGUUACCAAGCCUUCUCGUCAGACUCGCAAAAAGUCCCACGAUGGUCAGCAGGAAGCUACGCUGGAUGACAGUGACCUAGACGAUGCUUCGACCAAAGACCAUACUUCGAUCGCCUCUCCAACCACACAGAAGUAUCCGCAGCCGGCUGCGAAGAACCCUUCGUUGUCAAAGGUAGACUGGCACCCGGUGUCUCUCGAGGAGCAGGAUCUCUCCAGCGCUUGGAUUCAAGGUCACCCUCACCACCGGGACCUUUCCAACAGUCCGUCUGUGAUGAACCAAUUUCCCAGUGUGGUUCCUAGCACCAGCUCCUAUGAUCCAUCACAACCUUCUACUCCCGUUGACGGCGUUUUGCUCAAUCCGUCUGCCACUAUGGCUCCGCCUUACUCCAGCCCGUCUUACACAAUGGCACCCGAUGUGUGCUUGCCAGAAUCCUCUGCACCAACCACCUCUCUCGCAUCAGUACCAUGGUCCGUUCCUCCUCCGUGGUUCUCGAUUCCUCUCGACCCCAUGUCUUCUCAGCAUCACUCGGUUCCUUUCUACACUGCUGCACCAUCCGUCGGUUCUCCGGUAGCUGGCUCUCCGGACCCGUCUGGUCGCGUCUACUCGUCUCAACCUAUGCAAUAUCAUGGAAUGUUGCCGCAUGGCGGCAUGCCGGAAUUCAUGGGAGAUUCGAAGCAAUGGCGACGUGCCAUGUCCCUCCAAUGCAAUAGCCCAGAGGCUAUGGCCGGCGGUAUCAACACCGGUACACGAGGCGAUGCACGAAAAUACAUGGAAAGAAAGGCUUCAAUGCCGGCAAAGGCAUCUUCGCAUGUCUACGACAUGGGAAAUCCGUCCUCGCAGUUCUUUCCUGGUGGACAGCAUCCGAUGAUGUGUGCACCUCUCUACCCAUAUCCGGAUCAAGAGUCUUUGGUGCACAAGCCCCCAGGUAUUGGAUUCUAAUUUCUAAUUUUUGUCUUAUGUUUUUCUUUUGUCCUUUCCUUUGUUUCAUAUCUAUUUUUUCCUUUGUCUUCCAGUUAUUGAUACCUCAAACGGUUGGAUGAUCUCUUACCUUGUUUUAUUUUUUAUUUUUAUUUUUAUCUGCCUUGUGGCUAUGCAUGAUGGUCCUGUACUGUUUCGACUUAUAUCAUCUGUCUAUCUAUAUCCGUGUUUGGGUGGCAUGUGAAGCGGUUUGCAUUUCAUUUUCUUUGUUGUGAAUAUACUCGAAAAAGGCGGAUACCCAACAGGAAUGGGUUCCUUGGCGUAUGGGAAGAAAACCCUUGGUCAUUUAUUUAACAUUGUAUAUAUGUAUCAUGUCUAAACUAUAUCCAUGAAGCAGGCAGGAGUUCGGGAUGUCAC